AUGUCGUGGCAAGCAUACGUCGAUUCUAGCCUCAUUGGAACUGGUGCCGUUGACCAGGCUGCCAUUUUCAACUCCGAGGGCACAUCCGUCUGGGCUACAUCCCCAGGUUUUAGCGUCAACCCGGCUGAACUACAAGAGAUUGUUGGCGCCUUCAAAGACACUCAAGUACCCAAGAAGGUUCAAGCCGCAGGCGUGCACGUCGCAGGCGUCAAAUACUUCGUCAUUAAGGCUGAGGAUCAGAGCAUCUAUGGCAAGAAGGGACGAGAAGGCAUCAUCAUCGUCAAGACGAAGCAGGCUCUUCUCGUAGCACACUACCCCCAGACAGUACAGCCGGGCACGGCCGCAAACACAGUCGAGAAACUCGGCGACUAUCUUGUUUCAGUGGGCUACUGA